AGCAGGGGGCGCUGUGUGCUCUCACAACGAGCGGAAAAGUCCCGAGUCUGGUCUGAGCUGCGCGGAUCGGAGCUGUUUGUUUUUGUUUAGUUAUUUUCUUUAACUCUUUGCGUCCGGAAGCCAGGAUGGCCGGAACCGCGUUGAAGAGGCUCAUGGCUGAAUACAAACAGCUGACCCUGAACCCACCUGAAGGCAUCGUCGCAGGUCCAGCCAACGAGGAGAACUUCUUCGAAUGGGAGGCGCUCAUCAUGGGUCCAGAGGACACGUGCUUUGAAGGAGGCGUGUUCCCCGCCGUCCUCAGCUUCCCCUCUGACUAUCCUCUCAGUCCUCCGAAGAUGAGGUUCACCUGCGACAUGUUUCACCCCAACAUCUAUCCAGAUGGCCGGGUGUGCAUCUCCAUCCUUCACGCGCCUGGCGACGACCCGAUGGGCUAUGAGAGCAGCGCCGAGAGGUGGAGCCCGGUGCAGAGCGUGGAGAAGAUCCUGCUGUCUGUGGUCAGCAUGCUGGCAGAGCCCAACGAUGAGAGCGGCGCCAACGUCGACGCGUCUAAAAUGUGGCGCGAGGACCGAGAGCAGUUCUACAAACUGGCCCAGAUGACCGUCCGCAAGUCGCUGGGCAUCUAGAGAUGAUGUCAUCACGCCGCGCCGGUACACACACAGAGCAGCAGCUGGACAGAUCAAUGAACUGAUGGAUCAGAGACUGAUCAGUUAUGGCCACAGCAGCCUCUCCUGACAUCACUUCCUGUUUCUGUCUCCCUCCUCCGCUCCUCUCUGUGUUGUUGGUUCCUCCCGGCCUCUAAUUCGAAGUUUCUCAGCGGACUGUUUGCACUUUAUCGCCCCCUGGUGGUCGCCAUGUUGGACUCCACGUUGGUUUUUUGCAGCCGAGCUGAAGGAGUUCUGCAGCGAAGAGUUUCUCUGGGUUCCUUUUCACGACCAGUUCAUUAAAAACAGAAUAUUCAGCUCUUUGUUUCUCUGAUUUCUUGUUGAUCUCCUCUCUCAGAAACUAGCAGCUUCACUUUGUUUCUGUUUCUGGUGUCUAACUGAACUUAAAGCAUGUUGACCUAAACUUAAUAAAGCGACGUUUAUGUUUCA